AAUAAGAAGAGGGUCCUGCUUGGAGAAACUGGCAAGGAGAAGCUCCCGCGAUACUACAAAAAUAUCGGUCUGGGCUUCAAGACGCCCAAGGAGGCCAUUGAGGGCACCUACAUUGACAAGAAAUGCCCCUUUACUGGUAAUGUCUCCAUCCGAGGGCGGAUUCUUUCUGGUGUGGUGACCAAGAUGAAGAUGCAGAGAACUAUUGUCAUCCGCCGAGACUACCUCCACUACAUCCGAAAGUACAACCGCUUUGAGAA